AAAAGCAUGUGUUGAUUUUUUUUGGGUGAAUGUGUUGCGUUGCGCGUUUUAAUUUAUUCAUUUUAUUGUGAUAAAUUACAAUUUAAACUAAGAAAAUGCAACACGACGAUGUUGUAUGGGCCAUCAUCAACAAGAGGCAUUGCUCACAUAAAGUAACGACAAAAACGCAGCAUUUCUGCCGUAAUGAAUAUAACCUCACCGGGCUAUGUAGCAGGGCCUCCUGCCCUCUAGCCAAUAGUAAAUACGCAACCGUUAGAGAAGAAAAUGGUAUCAUUUACUUGUUCAUGAGAACAGCUGAAAGAGUGAUGUUUCCAGCAAAACAGUGGGAAAAAGUGAAACUGUCUCGCAACUUUGAGAAGGCAAUUCAUCAGAUAAAUGAAAAUCUUUUGUACUGGCCAGCUUUCAUCAAAGCGAAAUGCAAACAAAGAUUUGUUAAAAUAACACAAUAUCUCAUACGCAUGAGAAAACUGAAACUGAGACGAGUAAAGGAACUGGUACCAAUACAGCGUAAGAUAGAAAGGAGAGAGAGGAGGCGUGAAGAAAAAGCAUUGGUUGCGGCCCGCAUAGACAACGCCAUAGAGAAACAACUGCUGGAAAGACUUAAGAAAGGAACUUACAACGACAUAUACAACUUCCCACAAAUGGCAUUUGACGAAGCGCUCAAAGCGGAAGAAGUUUCCGCCGAAAGUGAGAGUGAGAGAGAAGAUGACGACGAAGAAGAUAGAGAGGUAGAAAUGGAGCCAGAGUUAGAGAAAGAGCUGAAGAGGGCCGUCGAGGACGCCGACGAGUUUGUGGAAGCGGACAGCGACAUGGACACUGAUGAGGAAAGUGAUUCUGGACGCAAAGAAGGUGCUGAUGUUGGAAGUGAUUUUGAAUCGGAGACAUCAGAUAUUGAGGACGUUGCUGAGAAGUUGGUGAGCAAGAAGAAGCCACGAGUGGAGAUUGAAUAUGAAACAGAGCCAGCUGUUACCAUAUCUAGAAAGAAAAUUAAACACUAAUGUUUAUAUUUAA